GGUAGUAUUUCAAGUUUUACCAUCAUCUUACGGGCUCCAGUGUCCAUGUAAACAAUCACUUUUAUAGGUGUGGCAUACUUGUCUUGAAGUAUUGCAAUUUCCAUGUUAGCCAUUGGAAUUGGCUUAGUGUUAAGAACUAGUUGAGUCUGGUAGAUAAACUGUACUUCAUUGUCAUUGGAAUUUUCUGAAGACUCUGUGUCUGAAUCACUAUCUUCUUUUUGGAAAGCGGAGAUAGUAUCCUCAUCUACCUCUUCUUGCUCAAAAAAGAUAGAUUAUAAAUCUACCUCUUUUUCUUAUGGGAGAAGAACAUAUGCUUGAAGCUGCUAGAUUAGCUUGACUACCUUCUUCUAUUUUUUCGAGCAGUUCUUUGAGUAAUGUCCUUCCUUUCCAUGGAUGAAAUAGACAUCAUAUUUAUGUUGGCCUCUUUUAAUUUUUCUCUUAAAGAAUUUAUAUCUUCUUUAAAUUGUGUCAACCUUUUAUAUUUCUUAACCUCCUUUACCUUCUUUUCCUCCUAAGUCCAAGAAGAGAACCUUGUACAAUGAUUUCUUUUUUGCCAAUUUUUAAACACCUCAAGAUUCAAGCUCUCCACAAAGAUGUUCAUCCUCAUUUUUCUUGCGGUUUGAUUAAGACUCAAGGUGCCCUCAUUUUCAUCUUGCCGACAUCACCUUCACUUCACAAAGAGCUACUGCCGCACCAUUCACCAAGCUGCCGCCACCAAGCUUCACCACCACCAAGCUUCAAUGCCACCAAGCUGCCGACCAUCAUCCACCUUCACUUCACAGGAAUCAUACCCCUCACGGUUUUAACCUCGACACCUAGACAGCCCCUCUCUCACACACUUUCUCUCUGUCCCUAGUUUUGCCGUCGAACAAAGGAGGGAAGGGGAAAGAGAUUUCUUCAAAUCCUAGUCUACCUACUUUGAUUCUUAACUUGUUCCCAAGGAUUUGAAGCCUUUGAAUUUGUUGGAACAAGUUUUAGAGCCUAAUUUUUCAUCUAAAUCGUUGGAUUUUGAACUCAAAAAUGGCCCUGCCUCACCGGUUUUUGUGAAUUCCGGCCACCACUUGGCAGGAUCGUUUUGGCUUCUUUCAAGAUUGAAGGAAGGAGCGAACCAAGAAGCCAACAAAAGAGACUGUCCUGUGAAUUUGGUUUAGGCACCUCAAAUGCUCACGCAAGUUUAUAUGGUCUUUCUGUGGGAGCCAUGGACUUGAGGGUAGACAGAUAUAAUGCAGAGUGAGUAUUAGCCACCUCCGUGGCCAGGAUGACUUUUGAUGGCAUCGGUGCCGUUGGGACGCCGAGGUGACCGAACGCAAGUUUUGUCUUUAACUUCCCGUCAAAGUGGUACUUGGGAUGCUAGGUACUGCUUGUCACCACUGUUAUAUAUGUAAUGGUGUUUUGUAUUAUAUUUGUUGUUACUGCGUAAAUAUAUUGGAUCGUCUUGUGGGAGCCAUGGACCUAAGGGUAGGCAAGUAUAAUGCAAAUUGAGCAUCAACUACCUAAGGGUAGGCAAGUAUAAUGCAAAUUGAGCAUCAACUACCCCUUCCAUGGCUAGGAUGGUUGUUGUUAGUAUCUGUGCCAUUGGGAUGUCAAGCUGUUUGAUUGCAUGUUCUUUCUUUAACCUCCCUAUCAGGUAGUUCUCGGGAUGCCGAAUACUGUUCGGUACCACUGGUAUAUAGUAUGGUGCAUCAAAUAUCUUAUAUAUAUAUAUAUAUGUUAUACUAUAUUAGGUUUGUAUGUAAUGGGGGUGACGAUUCAAUGUGGUUCAUGAACAACUAAUCUCGUAACUAUGUUGCCUGCGAAUUUACGGGAUCGGACGGCCAAUUUAGGCAACCACCCCCAUUCUAUAUUGGUAGCAGAGUGCCGGCAACAGGUGGAAUCAUAGAUCGCGUAACAUGUUAUAUGGUAUUGUAUAUCUCCGAUACGAGUGUGUAUAUAUCGUAGCAUAUUUAUGAAUUUUAAAAUUUUAUUUUUCUUAUAUUACCUUAUCUAUUUAGACUUGAUUUUCAAAUAGGGAACCACACCCACUCUGUAUUGGUAGCAGAGUGUCGGCAAUAGGUGGAAUCAUGGAUCGUGUAGCAUGUUAUAUGGUAUUGUAUAUCUCCGAUACGAGUAUGUAUAUAUCGUAGCAUAUUUAUGAAUUUUAAAAUUUUAUUUUUCUUAUAUUAUCUUAUCUAUUUAGACUUGAUUUUCAAAUAUUACUUUUAUUUGCCUUUAUUGUUAUUGUUGUUAUUAAUACUAUUUUUAUUGUUAUUAUUAUUAUUUAUUUAUUUAUCUAUUAUUAUCAUCAUUAUUGUUGUUGUCACUAUUUUUAUUAUUGGUAUUUUGUGAUUUUUAUUAUUAUUGUUAAUAUUGUUAUUAUUAUCGUUACUAUUAUUAUUAUUUUUAUUGUUAUUCUUAUCAUUUAUUAUUAUUAUUAUUAUUAGUAUAAUACGAAAGUCUUUGGGCAAAUGUGGUAGUCUUCGAACAAGUUAUAUUAUUAUUGUUACUAAUAUCGCUAUCACUAUUAUUGUUGUAUUACCCCCUAUCUGUAUUAUGCAUUAAUAUGUUGUAAAACGAUAUUGAAAUGUUGUACAGUACUAAGGGGGUGGUAUGGGCAGACAUGAAAUAAAAAUGUAUUUAUAUUUUAUUAAGUUAUUCCUCCUAUCUAUAUAAUUGUAUUUUUAUUAUGGAAGUCUUGAAUAGUUGUGGAAUUAUUUGUAGUAAGAUGGGAGGUGUAAGAGGGUAUUAUAUAAAAGUGUGUUUUCGUGCAGAAAAUUUUUGAAGCAUGCUCUAUCCUCAGGAGAGAUAUUACUGGAUUUUCCAUAGGGCGGUCCGAUAGGGUUUCUUUUGUGGUUAGGACUUAUCUAGGGUUCUGAGAAGAGAUCCCAAAUGGGUCCUGACAAGGGAGGCAUUUUUAUCUAGAUUGAAUGUUCCAGCACCAUUAUACCAGUUAAAAUUGAAAAAAAAAUGAAAAGAAAAAACUAGGAAAGAUUUUGUUUUGAUAUCCUAAUCUAUACAAGAAAUUAUUUUCCAAUGCAUCCCAAAGCAGGCACCUUUAGUUGAGCAUCAUUUAUUUUGUGGAGCGAUUCUAUCAUUAUAUAUCUGUUUCCAAAAAUCUUGAUAUUAUCGUGACUCCAAUAAAAUUUGUAUAGCUGCUGAAGCAAUUAUUUUAUGGAAGUUUUAAGUUGAAAAUACUAAAAUCAAACUAAAAUCAAAUAAGUAGGCAAGCCUGAUAAAAUAGCUAUAAUUUAUAUGUAUUUGCUUGUAUAAAUGCAUGUUUUAGUCAUUGCUUCAAGUCUAUUGCAGUUGGAUUAUAGUGUUGUUUUCAUUAUUUACUUUGUAUUGAUUUUCUAUCAAUGAAUCUUACCAAAAAAAUAAUAAUAAUUAAAAAGAUUACCUAAUUAUAUCUUCUAUCAGGUGCUGUAUAUGGGACAUAUGAGGCAAUUAGUUAAAAGGGAUAACAUCUUCCUACCCCAACUUCAAUUAUGUAUCUUGCUUCUUGUGAAUAUUGUUUAUCUUAAGGAAACCCAAACUUGGUAAACUUUCCACUCUUAUUACAACAUGUUGAUUUAAUGUUGCAAACCUCGGUAUAUGAUGCCUUAUGGAUGUGCCAGCUUUCUUUAGCUUAACUUGAAAAGCAUAGGGUAGCAGGCAUAACCACAUAGGUAGUUUUUCCAAGUUCUAUUCCUAUAGCAGGCAUAACUACAUAGUUAACUUCGAAAUACCCUUUUCAUAUUUUGUCCUAAGCCUUUGUAUAUAACUUCUAUUUUUCUGUUCUGUUCAUAUAAAGGUGUAAUUGUCUUUUAUUUCUUUUUCUAUAUAUAAUUCAUUUUGAUUUGUUGGUUCAGCUUUUACUUGGGUUAAUUUCUCUUGCCAAUUGUUCUGGUCUUCUGGAAUUUACGUCCUCAUAAUCUUCAGGGGAUUGUAAGGUCUGUCUUUUUCCGCAUGCCCUCACAAGUACACUAUUCCAGUGAUCGAAUCAAUUGCUUCUUCAAACUGAUAUCGUUUUGGUGGUUGAUUGGUUCUACCUUCUACAUUGGAUUGAUGAUUUUUGUCUGUGGAUUUUUGUGAAAAAACAAUUUUGGGCCUUUUUUUGAAAGUUUGUUGCCGCUUUCAAGGUUUAAACUGUGUAGAUCAAUUCAACUUCUUUGCUCUGGCUUUUGAAUCUUCAAGGUUUUUACGCCUUCAGCUAUCAGGUAAUCUAUCUCUAUGCCAUCUCAAAUCCUACUAAAAUAUAGCUACCUCAAUUGUUUACUGGAAUUUGUUGUGCUUGAGUUAUUAUGGAGUUUAAUGGCUUCGAAAUUAAUACAAACAUCUCCCUAUGAGGCCAAAAACCAAAUGGAACUUUUGCUGCGACAAGCAAUUGAGUUUCUUGAACCAAGAUUAAGACCCCCAUUUCUAUUAACAAUUCCAAACCCACGAGAAUACUUGCAGCUCAACCAGGCCAUCCUUUAUGGUGUUUUGGUUGAACCCCAUUUUGCGAAAACCCAUAUUAAGCACUUGCAUGCCAUUGUCACUGAUGGAUAUUGCUCUUUUGUUAAUUUUAUUAUAAAGGUUGUAAGGGAAUUGUACAUAAAACUUUUUGACACAUUGAAAAUUCAGUUGAUUUGGGUUACUAAGUAAAUGAUUGAUGUUUCCGCAACAGGUGUUACUGAUUUAUUGGGGUAUUUCUAUUGAGGCAAAUUAUUGCUGGAGACUAUAGUGAUGACAAUCUAUGGCUGUGUUUUGAGGUUGUGAGCAUUUUUUUGGCAAAAUGGGAUUGUCUAUUGCAAGUAGAACCAAUGAUUUUGACAAGUGCGUUGUAUACUUAUCUUAGGUUGUUAUCUAAUCACUGUAGAUUAUUCGAUAACAAAAGAUUAUAUGCAAUAAGUCAAUUGGAGAUUAAUUUUUCAUAUGCAAUAAAACAUAUGAAAAUUUAAAUUCUAUCACCAAAUAAAAUAUGUCUUCCACUCAAAAUCGAAUUAAUUUAACCCAUUUUAAAUUUUUUUUGGAUUUCGUGUGGGAGACCUAUUUUAUUUGGUAAUAAAAUUUAGAUUUUUCAUAUGUUUUAAGUUUAAUAGGAACUCAGUUUAGCAUUUAAAAUUAAAUAAAUAAAAAGAAAAAUAUGAACUCAGUUUAGAGUUGUUGCCUAAGUAGACUAAAAAUUAAGUUAAAACCUAUAUAUAUUGGAACAUAAGGUCUAUCUCCACUUUGUUCUAACUGUGUACAUUAGCAGGCUCUAAUUACAGUUACUGUGACUUAAAUACUUUCAAGUAAGAAACUACCCCUUUGACACCAUAAUUGUCCAUCCUCCACUCUCCUAUGGAUUUGUAAAAGAAAAGGGGCAAAAACUCUGAACAUUCAUCACCAGCAGAGCUCAUAUUCCCCUCUUGAAGGAUUUAAUUGGAAUAGAUCUGCAUCGCAUCCUAGAAAAAGGUUGGAAAGCCCCUCAGGAGGAGCAAUUUGGCAGGCAACCACUUGGCAAUAACUUUUAAACAGCUAGGCUUCUGAUUAGUCAUUGCCUCUUGUUGGCUAUGUUAUGGUUCUUCUCGGGACAUUGAAACAGAAGUUCGAAUGCUUUAAUGCUGUGAAGGUUUCUUUUAUUAUAUGAGUUGAGGAAAACUAUCUUACUGCUUGGUCCUUUGAGCGCAACUGUAUAUGCUUUUAGACGCUUAAAUGGGACCUAGGUGGAAAGGAAAGGACUCAGAAGCCAAAGCUGUUAAAGAUCCUAUGUCAAAAAUAGUAUGGGAGCUUCAGUCUUCUUUGAUCCAGUUAAAGUCUCAAGGAUUACUCUGUGGAUGCAGUGUGCUUCUUGCAGCAGAAGCGGAACAAGCUGUUCUCCUAAAUCGUGCAUGCUUUGGUGAGCCCAUUACCGCAGCUGAGAAAGAUAAGCAGUGGUUUCAGCUAGGCCUGGAGGAAGCCUUUUACCUAUGCUAUUCUCUAAAAUGCCUCAACAUAGUUGGUGAAGACAAACGCUUAAUGAAUGUUGAAGAGCUUUGGUCGUUCAUGAAGUCUAAAAAAGCAAUUUUCCCUGAUUUUUACAAAGCUUAUUCUCAUCUUCGAAUGAAAAACUGGGUAGUGAAAUCAGGAAGUAGAUAUGGUGUGGACUUUGUAGCCUACCGUCAUCAUCCGGCUCUGGUUCAUUCAGAAUUUGCUGUGCUUGUCUCAACAGAAGGAGGGGGUGAUGUAAAUGGGAGAAUAAAGAUGUGGUCUGAUGUUCAUUGCACCACUCGGCUCUGUGGCGGCGUUGUAAAGACAUUGUUAGUCCUCAACAUCAAUGAAAAUAGUCAAGGUGCUGUUUCUCCAUCUUGUGUAGAAAAAUACACUGUUAAGGAGCGCACAAUCAGACGAUGGAAUCCAGAAAAAUGUCGUGAAGAUCAUACAGUAGUGGAAAGUGAAACAAAUAAUCAUACUGUAAUUGAAAGUGGAACAAAAUAAGUCUAUUAUUUUAACUUUUUGCAUCCUGCAGUUCCAUAUUUCAGGUGCUAUUUAUUUUUUAUUUUUAAAAAUUCUUUUGGCAUAAGUUUACUUGGUAAAAAAUAGGAAGCAUCAGAUAUUCGACACAGUUUUAUUA